GUCUGAAAAAAUCUGAUAGUUGGAGAAGAGUUGUUCAUGUCAGGGACUGCUGUAGCCUCAACACAUACAGCACACUAGCUCCUGGACCACCUAAGAUAAACAAAUGGAUCAGAAAGAGCUGAAUGAUCCCCUGAAUAAUGUGUCACUCAUUGAAGAUGACUUGACCAGGUCAAACUUGGGGUCCUCUGGCGAAUCAGAAAAAAUGAUUCAGCACUUGAGAGAUGAACUGCGAGAUGCCCAGGAGCAAGCUAACACGGAGAAACAUAAAUACAUGGAGCUGCAAGGGAUCCUGGAGGAAGAGAGGAAAGGCCGCAAACAACAAGCUGAUGAAUCUGCAAAACAGAUCAAACUUCUUCAAGGCCAGCUGCGGCAGCUCCAGGAUGAGAUGGGCGUCCUCAGAGAGCAGAUGGACGUCUCCUCCGGUUCACGCGACGAGCUACAAAGUGCACGUGAUGAGGUGAAGUCGCUGAAACGUGCCCUCGAGGCAGCCGCUGCCGAGCGCGACCGUGACGUCACUGCCAUCCAGUCUAACCUGGCAACCGCCUCGGGUGAUGUGGACAAAUGGCGUCAGACCGCCAGCAAAUACGAGAGGGAGAUUGACAAUCUGCAGCGUGAUCUUCAGCAGCAGAGCAAGCAGUGGCAGAAAACUGCAGAAAUACAAGCCACUGAGCUGCAGUCCAUGCAGGCGGAGUACAGCGGCCUCCAGAAGGAAUGCUCCGUCCUGCGAUCUGAGAAGCAGGACAUCGUGAAUAACCACCAGAGGGAAAGGAGCAGUCUGCAGAGCGAAUGCGCUUCCCUCAGGGCUGAGAAGGAGGAACUCCUCAAGGCCCACCAGAAAGAGAAGAGCAACCUGCAGAACGAGUGUGGAGCACUGCGCACUGAGAAAGAGGCAGCGCUGCAGAAACAGCAGCAGCUGGAGAAGGACCUUGCCAGUUUGCGUGCCCAGAACUCUGAGCUGAACAACAGCCUCAGUGCCCUCGAGCGAUCCCAGCAGGAGCUGGAGAAGAAGCUGGUGGCCCUGCAGCUUCAGCACAAGGAGGAUAGCACCAAGCUGCAGACGCAGCUGGAUGAGGCAGACAGCCAGAGCAAGGCUCUGCAGAGAGAGUGCGAGGAGGCUAAGACAGAGCUGUCGGACCUGAAGGAAAAAUACGAGAAGACUGAGCAGGAAAAACAGGCGGUGACAGAUGAACUUGAGGAGUGCAAAGCCAGCAUGAAGGAAUUAGAGGAGAAGGGAACAAAGACUUCCCUAUCGCUGCCCGUUCAAGCCAUAGUCAUCGGCCUUAUCCUGGCUUUGCUGUUUUGGUGCUUCGGCGCAUUGUGGUAGUAAGAUUGCCUUCCUUCAGGAAACCAUGGAUGAUCUGGGGGCCUGUGGUUGCCGUGGCUCUAACAGCUGUGACCGCUGCUGCUCUCUUCAGGACCUGAAGGCAACUCAUUCAAACACACACAACAAGUUGAACCUAUAUUUGUCGUCAGAUGGCCAGACUUGCCCUCCUCAUCAUAUCUGCACUAUUAAUCGGGAGGGCUCGUAUUUAACUCUGUUUAAUUUUUAAGAUGCUCUAUUUUAGAUGGCAGACACGUUAAUAAAAGAAUGUCCGUUUUGUGUGCAAAUCAACAAGUUUGUAAGUCUGUUAUUUGAAGGAAACCUAGCGGUGUUGUAUUUCGUUUACCAUUUGAACUUCUAGGGUUUUCCCAUUAAUGAAUGUAAAAAAGAAAUACUCCACGCACUAAUUAUGACUAAGUAUCUAUGUGAGAUUUUAGGUGGAUCACUUGAACUUGUCUAACUGUAGCACAUAUAUGUAACUGUCAAAAUAAUAAAUAUUGCCACAGUAACACAGCCCCUAAUGGAGUGCAUGAUGAAGGCCAUACGUGGGUAACGGUACGUCGGUACAUGUUGGAACGGUAUGAGGAUGGAAGUCUGACACAUGUGGAGUCUGGUGAAGGUAUUUGAUAAAGUUGAGCUUGGACAGGAUUUUUUUAAUUAUUAUUUUAACAGAGCGUUGUCACACGGAGCCAUAGCAGCUCGCCUUUAGACCUAGAGUUACGUUAUCGACAACUUCAGUUUGUAGACUGCAAAUAUUCUGUGUAUUUGACUUCUGAUUUUCAGUUAAACGUUGUAAUGAUAAAAUACACUUUCCAGUUCAUUAGGUACACUGGUGAAAACUAAUGUAUUGUGAUGUAACAGCGCAGCUCUAAAUCCCCCCGCAUAUACAGCCUCCACAUAUACAGAACAGAAUAACCUUCACGAAGCCUAUAAAAGUGUUUUAUUGGGAUGCAUUUGUUCUCGUUAGGGUACCUAAUGAACUGUGUGAUCAUAUAGCUGUUUUGUUUCUGUACCAGCUACUUGCCACUUGGAUUCAGUUUUCGCUGCAGCUUCUUCUCCUUAACAAGAACAUAAAGGCGGAAGAUCAUUUAUCAUUUCCAUUUAUUGCACUACUAUAUAUAACUUCAACUGAUAAAUAGUUCAUCUAUUGCGUACCAAAGGGAAGUUCAUCAAAACUUAACACAUAAUAAGUUGUGUAACAAGUAUAUUGUGUCUCCUCAUACCAAUAGUCACUGGAAGACGUCAUUGUGGUAGGUUAAAUGUCAGUUGUUGUUUUUAACCUACUUUUAAACACGCAGCUAAGUUUAUUCAGUUGUCUAUUGGUUAAAUAUUUGCAUGCUUCAUGUGAGUUUGUGGAAAAUGAAAGAGUCAUCAUUAAAUAUAUACAUACAUAUUACCUUGGUGUACUUAUGAUUAUGUUGAUUUGCUAAAUCACCUGGAAAUAAAUAUUAAAGCAAUGUAUUUUUCACCUUAA